ACUCUCCCGGUUAACAAAAAAAAUGUAAAUCCACACUGAUCCGCAGGAUGGAAAACUGCUUCUGCACACAGAGGGUGACGUCAGGGCAGGCGUGUGUUGCCUGUGACGUCAGCAGUCAGUUGAAGUGACAUCACUGCAGGUGUGGGCCAGAAGUGCUGCAUGUUUUAAAGUUUAAGUAUUGAUCUUAUCCACUAAUAAUCAGGAGAGUAGGUGAAAGUGGUCUGAGUGGGUAAACUGAGUUAGCAGGCAACCCUUAAAUACUGUUGGGGUCAAAUUUGAUCAAUUUUUACUUUUUGAUAGAAGUAAAAACAACCUUUUUACUUUUUCGUAAAGUGACACAGAAUAUACAAAAACAUAAAUAUUUAAAUUUUUUUAUUUUUUUUAUAGCUGAUACACAUCUUUAUACAUAGAAUGUGUUCUGGGUUGAAUUUUAUUUGUAUUUAUUAAAAAAAUACUAAAUACUAACUACUAAAUACUAUAUAAUACUAACUAAAAUGUUAACUGUAAUUUAUCUAUUAAUUACAGAGCAUUCAUGACUGCUCUUGUACCAUUUCGAUUUUUUUCUUUUACAUUUACAUGAGGGAUGCGUUAAAGCUGCGCUGAUCAAUAUGUUUAUAUUAACGAUGGUAAAAACGAUCGUGUGUAAUGUGUGUGUGUCGCUUGUAGAGACAAACUCACAGAGAAUGAUCACCCACCCCCUUUUAGCUUCUUUCAGUUCAUUGUUUUGCUUUUUGUUUUUGCUUCUUAUGGUCGGCAAAUGUACUGUUUUAGUUCACACUAACAGCUGUCAUCAACCUUCCAGUUCUGAUAAACUUAAUGUACGCUAUUUUCCUGGCACCAAACAGCAGACUAGCAAAAUAACUUAAUUCUGCAUUUACAGACCAGACCAGAGAUAAAAGGAAAGUGAUUAGUGGACAUACAAUAAUCAGAUGGAUAGAAACACCAAAUAAAGAGUUAGUUCCACAUAGAACACAAUUAUUAUCUCUCAGAGCUUGAGGGGGUUUAGCUCUUUGCCAACAUAUUCACUGAUUACCUUUUCUAGGAGCUGAGAUUUUUUUUAACUCACUAACCAGCUGGCACUGAUAACAGAAAACUCCACUGGAAUCUCAAGGACAGUUUCACAGGCCCCAUAAGCAGUUUGCAUUUUUCACCAGUUAAGCCAAAACUUCAUAAAAUCAUUGUUAGUGAGAUGAGACGAAUCAUGCGACCUCUUCUUUUUGAAAGACAAAAUGUUUUCACCUGUUACUUUGCUCAGGUUUGAAUCAGGGUGUGUUUAACCCUGCGGGUGAGGAGUCGGUUAAGAGCAACUCAAACGAUGAAGACUUGGCUCAAACAGUCCAAAAUGGGGAAAACUGGACAGAGAGAGCAGCUGCAUGUAGAGAUGAAUGGGGUAAAACAUCACCAACGGCGGAGGAUCAGUGGGGUCGGACAUCUGACAACUGGGUCAUGUCCACCACCUGGGACAUGCAACUGGAUAGCACAGGUGACGAGGGACGUAGACUUGAGCCCGUAGAGUAGACAAUCUGUCACUUUGGGUGAACAUUUACUACUCACCAUAAUUGAUCUCUGGGAACCAAAAGCCACCAUCAGGGCCGUAGUUACCGCUGAGUACACUGAGGUCAUCACCUUGGUAUCCUGAAUUUCAGGAUUUAAGCCACUAACAGUUGGUGAGUUAGAUGUUGAAAUGUAUAUUUAAAAACUAACACAUGAUGGGCACACUGUUUAUUGAUUUCAAUAUUAUUAGAUUCAAUAUCUUUUUUAAUUUAGACCUUUUUUAACAAGAAAAAAAGGAUUCAGUCUUUACCCACUAGUUUAUUCUUGCGGAGAAGACUUUGAGUUUUUAAUUUCAUGACAAAAGGCUGUCAAACUGAAAACACCACAUCAAGACAAGAAAUGAAUAAUCAUGGCCAGAUGUGUCAAGGGUCAGAAUAGCUCCAGAAGAGGUUUAAUGGGUCCAGCAGUUGAUAUUGAGACCUGAAGAGGAAAACAAAUGAGAAUAUUAAUGGUCCUGGUGGUUGCAAGUUCUGGGUCAUCUUGUUUAAAUAUUGAUUAUACCAUUAAUUCAUUAAUUUCCAGGAUGUUAAAUGUUCAACCAAUGUGAAUGUUGCCUUAAUUUGUAGUUCUGAGUCGUGCUAAAUGUCAACGGGCCCCCCGUAGUUAGCUACUGUAGUGAGUAGCUGUGAUAAUGUGGCACAGAAAGUGACAGUCAGUUUUCUCAGGACCUGAGCUUACUUUCUAUCCCGUUUUAACUAAUUUUACGCAGUGAACCACAACUUGGACUAUUGACAUACAGUUUCAGCAUUCUUUACAUUCCAGAGAAUUGGCAACGCUACAGCACUGCAUCACAGCAUCACAUCAUGUGUUAAUACCACUAUGAGUAUUAUGAAAAAAAAAAUGCAUAUCUGCUGGUAUUAAUAAUACAAGAACAGGCUUUUACAUGCUUUGUAACCAUUAUGCCAAACUGUCAUACAUGUGACUCUCAGAAAAAUAUUCUUAUACACAUCUUUCAGACCAUUAGCAGAUUUCCAAAACACAGACACAGCCUGUUCUAGAUUGUGACAAAAAUGCCUUUGUGUCAACUCCUCUACAGUGUUUUUUCUUCCAACUUUAGAAAGCACAUUACUAUUAAAGAAACCAACUGCAAUACACUAAAUACUUGUCUUAAAAACAUGCAUUCUAAAUUUAGCACCGACAUAGUCUCUCAUCAUUAGAUUUAAAGUAAGUGAAAGGCAUUAGCAGUUUGAAAACAAAACAAAUGGCAUGAACAUUACAUAACCAAAGAUGAAACUAAUUUGGAUAGGGAAGCUUAAUUGUUAUGGUUGCGCAACUUCUUUCUCUUGUGUGCAUUUUUGUGUUUCAUCUCUGUUAAUAAUGUUCUGAUUGCUUUGAUAGCCACUUAAUGCUGCAUAUCUUAUGGCUGUCUGAACGGGGGAAAAGGCUGAUUUCUCUGUGCACUUAAACAGACAUGAAAAGCUUCCAUUUGAGCCACAGGGGUUUAAAAAUCUGAUUGUCCUGCUGCUGUGUAAUGUAGGCAGAAAUAGCUCCCGACUAUAGAAAGGCAGGCCUUGUGCGGGUGCAUGCUGUGCUAGUGUUCAGUGCUACAAGCUGCACUUGUGUGAACUGUGUGUGUGUUUUGCUGCAUGUGGUCAGUAGUCAGUGGGUCAGUAAACAGUGCACUUUCCUUUUAUCAGCCUUUACUAACUCUACUCAUCUUUCUUGUAAUGCUGCCACACCCAGAGAGAGGACGCCUCACAGCAGGUUUUCUGGACUCUGAGCCACUGAGGGAGGCUGAUGAAGAUUUGGUGUCAGAAGUCAACCUCAACAACUCCAUCAUGACAGAGGAGGAGAGAGAGGAGAUCCAGCAAGAGCUGGCUAAACUGGAAGACGAGAUCAGUACACUGAGGCAGGUUUUGUCAUCCAAAGAGAAGCAACACGCAGAACUCAAACAGAAACUAGGCAUCACUCCUCUAACUGAGUUCAAAAACAACAUCAGCAGAGGAUGGCAGGACAUGCAGGGCUCUACGGCGUACAAGAAGACAUCAGAGACAUUGACCACAGCGGGACAGAAAACCACGGCAGCCUUCAGCACCCUUGGAAGCACCAUCACCAGGAAGUUUGGAGACAUGAGGUCCAACUCCAUAGGAAACUCUCCGAGCUUCAAGUCCUUUGAGGAGAAAGUUGAGAACACGGUGACCAGUAUCAAGACUAAGGUUGGGACUUCCGGGAGCGGAGGAAGCUUUGAGGACGUCCUCUCCUCCACAGCAAAUGCCAGCUCUCAGGAAACACCUACUAACAACUUGAUGGACACAACUGAGAGACCAUGUUAGAGCUGCAUCCACACCUCGACGCAGGACUCAAAAACAGGGACUUUCAGAAACGCAGCACACGUCUACUCUGAAUUAAAUAUUACAGAUUAUUUUGAUUGGAUGUCAGGUGUUAGGAUGAUUUUGCAAACAAUUCCCAUGUAUAUGAUAUAAAGUAAGCAAGACCCAAAUUCUUCCACUUGAUAGAAAAUCAACAUUGUAUCAAAUUUAUCUUGUCAUUUAACUUAACUAAAACCAUACCCACCAUUGAUUUCCACAAGUACUGUAUAAUGUUCAAGCACUUGCAAGAUCACAGGUGGUUGAUCUGUCUUGUUGAAGGGCUCUAGUUUUAAGACAUCAGCAAAGAUAAAUAGUCACCUGCCCACUAGUGGCCUCCAAACCACAUUACACCACAGAUGUUGAUCAGAAGAGGUUGAGAAGAGAGCAGCACAAGCCUUAGUUAAAAAUCAGCUCCAUGAGGGACAAAGAACCAAAACUCUGUGUUUCUGUCUUUUCAUCUAUCUAAUUCUUCACUUCAGUUGAACGUUGCAUUGUUUGGCUCAUGUAAUGUCUCUGUCAACAUGAGCAGACAACAGAAGAAAAAAAAAAAGUUUAUUAAUUCCUUCUUUAUGCUAUGUAAAUUCAGUCUAAGUGGAAACAGAUGGAAUGGAUAUAAUGGAUUUGGCAGAUUUGUAACACUCAACACGCAGGACAGUGUUCAUACCAAAAUAUUUUAUACCAAAACAAUACAAACCUACAUUUUUAGGUAAUAUUAGAAAUAUGUAUUUGAUCUAAAAAUAUAUAUUUUAUGUUUUUCAACUAACACUUAAUGCUGUAUAAAGUAAAAAUGUGCGUGUAUAUCACCCAUGUUGAUAUGAUCAAACCAGACGUCCAUGUAAACUUGUAUACAUUUUACACUAAGAUAAAAAGAUCUUGCUCUGACGACUUUAUCAAAGCAUCUAAAAAGAUCUUUUCUAACUUUUCAAAUGCAGCUGCCUGUAUGACUUACAUUUCGGUUUCUUUUGUUAAUAUACCCUGAUACACACACACGCUCUGCUGCUGACAGAUGCUGGAUCAUACUUGGCACUUAACACUUGGAUCAAACCAUGUGUAUAUUUCAUCCGUGUGUUCGUAAUAUAGGACCGCUUAGUUUAUAGGAAGAAUUGAAACACUGUAUAUGUGCCAUGUGCAGUGAAACAUGGGCAAACACUGCAAUUUUGUUUUUGUGUAAAUGAUGGAGUGCAGUUUCAGUUUUCUCGUGACUGCCAAGAAAGACAGAAUCAGAUUAAUCACUUUGGACAAUUAAGUCUGCAGCUGUACACUGUUUUCUGUAAACAUCUUCAUUCUAGCACAUGUUAGACUGGUGUUUUUAUUUAGAAAACUGUUGUUUUUUAACCUUAAUUCAGGAAGGGUUUGUAUACUGUAGCUGUGUUUUCAGCUCAGACACUUUGACACAGGAGUAGAAGAUCAGAUUUUAACCUAAAAACCUCCAGAUGAUGUAAAAGACAGUUUUACCUGCUGAGUCACAGGGUACAAUAUCGGAUGCCUUUUGCUAUGUAACUGAUACACAGUAUAUAACAUUAAUAUAACAGUAUCAUACUGUAGCUGCAGCACUGCCGUAAUCCAAUCUUUCACUGUAAUGCAACCCUGAAAUCCAGUACAUGUUCUUACUUACUUGUGCUGUAGCUACACAAGCUCAGAGAUGGUUUCUAACUCUUCCCGGUAAUGUUACGAAAAGGUCAGUGCCGCAAAAGAUUAAAAGUAUGAUUAUGUAAAAACAUCCUUCUUCGUUUUUCAUCUACGUCCUUUCUGGCCGCUGCAUAACUUUGCCAUCAAAGUCACUCUCUGCUUUCAAUAUAAUGUCUAAUCUGUUUUCUGUUUCAUUUUUCUCACACUGUCUUUCAUGUUUUAAAUAUUUUUGUCUUUGCUGUGGGUUGAGAACAUGCCCGGAUUAUUUCAUGUUUAAUUCAGUCCGUCUAUGAAGUGUAUUUAUUUAAAUUCAUGUCAACUUUCAAGUACUGAAACAUGUCUUUUGAAGCAAGAAAUGGUUUGUCAGGUCUCAACUAACUGAGCUUAUGAAUGUGUUCAUGCAUUGGAAAAUUCAGCACAGGGCAGAAUAUAUUUUACAUUUGUAUGUUCUCUUAAAAAACACCUUUUAACAAAAGCUUUUAUUAAAACUCUAAAACAUAACAUUCAAGUAAAAUAACCUUGUGUUUAACUUAUUCAUCUGUAUUCGUACAAUUAAUCACAGCAUUAUAAAAAUGUGUUUUUAUGGCUGAUGUAUCAAUAUUAAAGAUUGUU